AUAAAAUACAUUAAAAUAAGUGAUUGUUGAAGCACGUGUGUGUUUAAAGGUUCAGCGUGUGUGUUGAUGCUGACACAGGAAAUUCAGUCAGUAUAUGAAGUUACAGACUGUUCACACGACACACUUUCACACGGUUUCAAAUCAGCAGCAGCUCAGGACUUGAGAUCAAUAAAUACAAUCAUUUUAUGCAUGUAAAUACUAACGUGUACAAGAGUGUUUCAGACAGGAUUGUCUGUUACUGAAGAGAUGGACACGGCAGAGAAAAUAAUUAUUUUCUGUUUUCUGUUAGAAGGUGUUUGCUGUAGAGAUUUCAACAUCUAUCUGCCAGAGAAGAUUAAAGCUCUCAGUGGAUAUUCUGUGAUCAUAAAGUGCAGAUUUGAGAUUAAAGAACAAUUUGACAAAGACCUCACUGAGAGAGCUACAGGAGUGUGGUACAAAGAUAGGGCUUAUCUAAACACAAACGUAGUGUUUAACUCAAGCACAUCAAGCCAGAAAUCCUCUAUGAAAGGGAAAAUAACUGGAAAAUUAAAAGAUAAGGACUGCACCACUGUAUUUUAUGACCUCAGAUCAAAUCACAGUGGUCAGUAUUUCUUCAGGAUUGAGGGUGAAGGUAAACUGAAACAUAUCUAUAAACAAGCCAAUGUUUCAAUAGAUGUGAUUGAGUCUCCUCCCAAACCCAGAGUGCAGCUGUAUGUGGAGCAGAAGGAGGUGCAGGGUCAGGAGGAGGUGUUGGAGGUGUUGGAGAGGAGCUCUGUGAGUCUGCGCUGCUCUGCUGAGACUCUCUGCUCCUCUCCUCCACCAACUCUCACAUGGAGCUCCUCUCCCAGAAUCCCCCUCAGUGAGAGCAGCAGACUACAGGAGCUCAUCUCUGAUCUGAACUUCACUGCUACUCACCGUGAACACGGAGUCACUUUCACCUGCACUAUAACCUACCAGCUACAGGACAAGAUCAAAACAGAACAGGACAGCAUCACACUACAUGUUCAGUAUUCACCCAAAAACACAACAGUGUCUGUGCUUCCCUCCAGCUCUGUGUUGGAGGGCAGUUCAGUGACUCUGAUCUGCAGCAGUGAUGCAAAUCCAGCAGUGAACUACACCUGGUCCAGAGAGAGUGAAGGACAGUUGAAGCAGCUGCAGACUGGAGACACUCUUACCUUCAAUAGGACCGACCCGACACACAGAGGCUGGUACCACUGUACAGCUCAGAACCAACACGGCAGCCAAAACUCAUCUGUGAUGCUGGACAUUCAGUAUGCCCCAAAAAACAUGUCAGCUUUAGCGAUUCCCUCCAGCUCUGUGUUGGAGGGCAGUUCAGUGACUCUGAUCUGCAGCAGUGAUGCAAAUCCAGCAGUGAACUACACCUGGUCCAGAGAGAGUGAAGGACAGAUGAAGCAGCUGCAGGCUGGAGACACUCUUACCUUCAAUAGGACCGACCCGACACACAGAGGCUGGUACCACUGUACAGCUCAGAACCAACACGGCAGCCAAAACUCAUCUGUGAUGCUGGACAUUCAGUAUUUUCCUCAGAUCUCAGUUUCUUCCAGCUGCAGCAGAACUGAUGUAACUGUGUGUUUCUGUGAGGCUGAUGGGAAUCCCUCUCCUGAACUGGAGUGGCGUCUGUCUGGACGUCCUGUCACUAACUCUUCAAACACGUUCAUCAGUGAAGAGCGAUUGAGCAGCACAGUCUUGAGGAGCUCCAUCACUCUCCAUCAGUCUCUCACAAACACAUCUACUCUGCAGUGUCUCAGCAGAAACACUCGAGGAACUGCGAGUUAUCUGUUUCAUCUGCCUUCAUCUGUUGAACGUUUGAAUCAUUUCUCUUUGCUGAUUGGAGUUGUUGUUGUGGGUCUGGUGGUCAUCUGGUUGUUAAGCGCCAUUACAUGCAUCUGUGUACGAAAAGGGAAUGGGAAGCUUUCACAGACUACACAAGAAGGCACCAAGAGAAUUGAUCAAAGUACCAGUGAAGUCGCUCCACAUGAGAAUCAAGAUGACCCUGUUUAUGUCAUGAUGUCAUCUGCUGCAGCCGCAGGAAAUCAAGACUCUGUCAUUUAUUCCCCCAUUGUCUUCACAAAAUCAGAAUCACAAGAGUUUGGUAGCCCCUCUUCGCUUGACUACGCUGUGAUGCAGGAUUGUUCUGAAGGGCUGUUAAAGACUGAGAGCUCAAUAGGAGAGUCUUCAAGAGCUAGAGAAGCACAGGUGAUUGUGAGUGCGAAUGUGCGAAAGAAACAAACAGAGGAAGAGAUGUUUGAAGACUCCUCUCAGCUUUACGCAAAGGUUAAACGCUGAAACCCAUAGAAAACUGGAGAGUUUGCCAUUCCUCUAUUUUCCUAAAAAUAUAUAUAUAUUUCAGAUACUGUAUAUGUAAACAAGAUAAAAAUUUAACAUUUACUUUCAGUAUUGCUGACUCAUCACACAACUUUACAGGUGAAAUGUGUUGGUUAAAACAGGCAAGCAAACUCAUGGGUUAAAAACAGUGGAGAAUGCAAGGAUAAAAGGGGGACUGUAAAAACUUGCAUUUCUUACAUUUAACCUUACAUCUUACAUUUUUAGUAUUUAAUCUUUUGUUGUAUAUUAUAUCAAUAUUCCCCAAAUUUCCAUUCUUUGGUGUUUUCGGGGAAUAUUAAAUCCACAUGAGAUUAUUUAAAAUCCCUUGGAUUUGCUAUGGAAAUUGGAAAGUGAUAGGUUCUAGUUUAUACAUAAUACUGAUUUGAGAUCAACACAUAUUCUGGAGCAGAAGCACUUCUGAAUUAAUGAAUAUCAAAAUCAUGCUUUUGAGUCUAAACUGAAGUUCCAACCAAAGAAUCUACGAAUUCUCCAUAGCAAACUGUGUGUUGUUUUAUUUUCUUACAGUUUUAUUUGUUUGUAAUCAUUUAAUCAUUCAAUUAUUUUAUUUAAUCAUAUCCAUUUACUAACUUAAUAAGUUAUUAAGAAGGAUUCAUAGAAGAACAAAAUGACUACAUCAAUAAGAAAACGUAUUCAACAUAUUUUAUCUGAAUUUGUAUUAGAAGAGGUGCAUUUAAGUCAUUUUAUUUUAAUAAUUAAGAGUUAUGUAUAUAUAUAUAUAAAAAAACCUUCAAAUAAACUGUGAUGAACAAUGCUGUUUAAUCUUUAACUGCACAUUUAUGUGAACUGGAGGGGACCCAUAUUCACAUUCACACCAGUAUAAGCAACUUGACACUAUUUGGUUAAAAGCUGUUACAAAAAAUAGCGAAGUUAAUUCUGAGAAACUCUUAAGCAUAAAUAGUGUGUAGAUGCCACUUUAGAUUAUUUGUAUGUGAAAAUAUCCAUAUAUGCAUACAGCAUUUGGAGAUAUUCCAGUGUUUCAUGCAUUUCAGAAUUUAUCUUUAUCAGCUGUAUGGCCUACUUAGAAGGCAAGUCAUUUUAGCAAUUAAAACAGAAAUAAGACAAUAUACUUUUAGAGCACACACACACAGGCAACAACAAACACCCCUUUUAUUUCUUCUCUACAUUUAUCCUCCCAUCGUAAGAAAAAACUAAUGUUUUGAUGACAAAGUUUGGGAGGAACACAUUCAAUUAAUUGACCAAUUUGACAUUCGGACAACAUGCCAAAUAUGCAUACUAUUUGCUCAAUCUAAUUACAUGUGUUAAAACAGAUAAUGUCCUGGCAGAAAAUAUUAUCUUUGCCAGAUUUCUUUCAACCCUAACACAGAAAACCAUGCAAUGUGCAAUUCAAAAUAGAAACAGAAAAAAAUAAAUACAUAAAUAAAAUAAAAUAAAAUAAAAGUGCUGGAGGAGCCAGGGCUGACGGCGUGUGAUGGGGCACACCUGACGUAAAUGGAUCCUCAUCACUGCCGCAGUUUAAAAUCCUCUCCUCGGGAGUCCGGUUUCUUCCCCGUGCAUCCACACUGGUGUCCUCAUGGGUCUAGGAAGGGUGCGUUGAGGGACUCCCACACCACCCUAGACGUGAGCUGCCGGACCCGCGGCCCGGACGAGGAUCACACCUGUUUACAUGGCCAUCAGGCCAGCAUGCCAGGCCGUCUAUCUCCGUCCAGCACCGCAGCCAACGAGAAGGAUGCAGCCACUAGAAGAAGCCGCCACCCCUCGCACCCAGAACCUGCAGAAGGGAGUGCGUGCAGCCGUCGGACUCCGCCCCUUACCUGGACCCCUCCAACUGGGCAGUUAGCUGGGUCAAGCUGAUGGUCUCUGCACCAUGAGGAGAAGAGUUUCCACCUCAGGGCGUACAGUUUCACAUCUUCAUGGACUACAUUACCCAUAUGCCCGUACCUCGGACUAAUCACCACCAGGUGUUCUUCAUUCUACGCCCUAUAUAAGCUGAAGACAAACACUAACUCAGUGCGAAGUCUUGUUUAGCCACUCUAGCAUUUUUGAGCAUUUAUCCUUGCCUGAUUAUCUGUGUAUUACCUUGGACUGUUGUGAUUCUGCAAAUCCUCUGCUACCUGCCCUACUGACCCUCUGCUUUGUCUCUGACCUGCCGAUUGUCUGCUGCCUGCCCUGAUUCAAGCCUGGUUAAUGAUCUCAAUUCUGAUUGUCUUUGAUAUCCCUGACGCUGUUGUCUAACCUCUGCCUGGUACUUCUAACUUUUCUAAAUAAACAUUGCACAUGGA